CCCGAGAACGCGCAGGCGUAAAAAGUUAGUGUUUCUAUCUGCACCAGAAAGGGAAGGGGGAUUUAAAACCAGGCUGACAAAAAUGAGAAGGGUUGGAAAUUCUCCAUAUACACAAUCAAUUGUUUUAUCUAAGUUAGUUAGCUAUAUGUUUACAAUAUUUACCCGGUCGCUAGUGCAUAGAAUUCUGCUUACUAAUUUAUUAGCUAGCAAGAAAGUUGCUUAACUGUUGGCUACAAAGAAAGCGAACCUGUCUAAAUUUGUAUUUAUAGAGGAAUGUCUAGCGUUGAACUAUAACGCAAUCAAUGAUUGUUGACACUUUUAUCCAAUUUAGCUGGCUAGACAUUCUGCACGUGACUACUGCUUUUGAAACGUUGGAUCACAUCAAACAAUAAUAAAACGGAGAUAGCUAGCGUACUAUUGAGCUUGUUAGCUAGCUAGCUUCCGUGCUUGUUAGCUAGUUGUUCGACCAGCGUGCACAUUACCUCGGUUACUCUGUGGAUUCAUCUAUCAAGAUAAUUAACUUGACCUCGUGAAUUUUGUACAGUGGAUCUGUAUAUAUUUGUUUUGGAACCAGCUAGUGGUUGGUUAAUGAUGGGGCCCCGACAUAGUUAGCCAUCUGAUACAAAUCAUGGGAGGAUGUGUUGGGAGAGAACGCGAGGACACACAGGGCCACGGUUCAUCCAGGAGCGGUGGAAGGACACACCGAAAACGUGGAGGUCGCAAUGAGCCCCUCAAGAAGGACAAGCCCAAGUGGAAGAGUGACUACCCCAUGACGGAGGGCCAGCUCCGCAGUAAGAGGGAUGAGUUCUGGGACACGGCGCCGGCCUUCGAGGGACGCAAGGAGAUAUGGGACGCCCUGAAGGCGGCCACUGUGGCCCUGGAGUGCAACGACCACGAGCUGGCCCAGGCCAUAGUGGAUGGAGCCAGCAUCACACUGCCUCACGGGUCCCUAACGGAGUGUUAUGACGAGCUAGGUAGCUGCUACCAGCUGCCCGUUUACUGCCUGGCCCCUCCGGUCAACCUGAUCUCUGAGCGCAGCGACGAGGACCCCAGUGACAACCCCGAGCCCACCGCUGCCCCCAAGAAGGAGUUCCAGCUCAAGGUGCGCCUCUCCACGGGCAAGGACCUGCGCCUCAGCGCCAGCAUGGCCGACCCCAUCGGGCAGCUGAAGAAGCAGCUGCAGGCCCAGGAGGACAUCGACACGGCCCACCAGCGCUGGUUCUUCUCGGGCAAGCUGCUCACGGACAAGACCCGCCUGCAGGACACCAAGAUCCAGAAGGACUUUGUCAUCCAGGUCAUCGUCAACCCGCAAGCCCCCAUUAACUAGGUCCCAGGUGAGUAGGGGUGAAGAGGAGGGGUGAUGGAGAGACCGGACUGGAUACGAGGAACCCCGGAUAAUGGCUUUACCACUGCUCUUUAAAACGGAGAGGUGAUCUGGGGAAUUAUAAGAGAUGAAUAACAGAAGGGAGAGACUCCAAAGUGCUGCUUUUCAAUGUCUACCAUUAAAGAGUGUGAUAUAUUUUUGAAUGUGUGACUUCACUGUGGGAGGUUUGGUCGAUUUGAUUGAUCUAGCCAGACCAGACCACUCACUCUGAGAAGGGUGUUCUGUGUCACUCACCACACUAACUCUGGAGUCACACUGUCCACUGAGACCUCUACCCUCCUCCCCCUGCAAAAAUGACCCAAAUCACAGCAGAAUUGCCCCCCACCCCAGAUGUGAGACACUGCAGGUGUGAACUGCAUGGCAUUUGCAAGGGGUCUGCGUCUGCACUAACGGUAACUAAGUGCCAAUAUAAAUCGCAGAGUAAUUUGGAUCGGUUGUAAAGCACACCCCAUCAUAGAUUCCUACCUUGAUCCACCCUCAAGUGAAAUACAAACUAUUUUUCUCAUUCGAAUUCUUUUAAUAAGCUUUUUUUGCACACUUGAUUAUAUUUGCGUAGUAGUUUGUGUGCCUUCAAGGAAGAAAACAAAACAAAAUCUUAGGGGGAAAACUCUAGUUUUACUGCUAAAGCCUUCUUUCUCUAGAAUCAGGAAUAAUCUUUUCAUAGAUCUAUAAAAAAAAAUCCUAAGUAUACUGCUGCCUCUUCCGAUCGUUUGUCUUGUCAGUUGUUGAAGUUCAAAUUUACUGUGGUGUUUUCAUGGCUGUUUUCCACAUGUUGUCCCCCUCACCUAUUUUUUUGUUGUUGUAUGUACUGUAACGUGACUAUGAUUAGAGCCCAGCCCUCAUGCUGUGCCACAUAACAAUCCUGAGGUGAAAUGUAAAGCUAUAGUGAAGAUGAUUGGAGUAUGCCUCUGUUUUUAAUAUACACCGAGUGUACAAAACAUUAGGAACACCUUCCUAAUAUUUAGUUGCACCCCCCCUUUGCAGCCUAAAUUCGUCGGGGCAUGUCCUCUACAAGUUGUUCAAAGUGUUCCACAGGGAUGCUGGCCCAUGUUGACUCCAAUGCUUCCCACAGUUGUGUCAAAUUGUCUGAAUGUCCUCUGGGUGGUAGAACAUUCUUGAUACACACAGGAAACUGUUGAGCGUGGAAAAACCUAGCCAGCGUCGCAGUUCUUGACACACUCAAACCGGAGCGCCUGGCACCUACUACCAUACCCCGUUCAA